AUGGAGUCUGUCCAAAACCAGGCGAAGAGACCGGAACACCUUACGCUUGAGGGUCCAUUCGGUGAGAACCGGGCUCCGAGACCAGGACAGAGUGUCGGCCAGAACAUUCAGACGACCUGGGAGGUGCGUAACCGUGAGAUUGAGACUUAUCUCCUGACACAGCAACAGGACCUAGGACAAUGUACUGCUCUUGACGGUACCACGUGUGUAUCCCCAGGAACUACCCAACCAGAAGAGUGUGACAUCUAUAAGUGUGAGCUAGUGAACGGCAAUCUCACAUACGAAGUCGACCAAUCGAAAUGUCAACAUCCAAACGGGACCUGUUUAAAAGAAAACCAUAUAGAGAAGGACACAGUGUCCUGUAUACAGACGACGUGUAAAAGGGAAACGAAUGACGAUGGAUCAUUUACAAUGAGAGUACUUAUAAAGCCCUUCGCUUGUAGGCUGCAUAGUGGCUUCUGUCUUGCUCCUAACAAGCGAGAUGUUGACUUUGAACAGUGUAAAAAGUCAUUCUGUAAGGUGACGGACGGGAAAUACACUGUAACGUAUAACUACUUUGCCUGUCUCAUGGAGAACGGAACCUGUCUGGAUAAGGGGGACACUAUUACGGAUGAAGUGUCAUGCCUAAAAAAGGAAUGCAAACUAUACAAGUAUAGUAACAACACAGUGGCUACUGGAAUCAUUGAGCGAUUUUACGGAUGUCCGUACGAAGAACGCUGUGAGGACAUCGGUACUAUCAAACAAGACACACAGAGCUGUACAACGAAAAAAUGUAGGAUGUUCAACAAUGGCCUCUUCAUGAAUUGGAAAAUCAUAGACCAAGGCUGCAGUGUCGGGGACGGGUGUAGGAACCACGCUGAACGUUGGAAUGAGGAUACGGAGUCCAUGUGUGUGGUGAAAAGUUGUAACGUUAAGGCGGAAGGGAAAAAUGGCUACACAUGGAACACGGACAUCAUCAGUCAUGGCUGUCGAUCAUUUAACGGCACGUGUUAUUACAAUGGGGACACCUGGAUGGACGAUGGCUGCUUCACCAAGAACUGCACCGUCAGUGAGACAGAGGACGGGGGUUCAAGUAUGAAGACAGACAUCGUUGGAGGAAUUUGCAAGGCGGUGGACGGUUCAUGUGUUGAGUAUGGGAAGGAAUUUCUGGCGCAGGAAGGCGGACCGCCCUGUGUAUGUGUGGAGGCUACCUCUACGGACGGCUACUCAAUCGGGCAGACUUCAUGUCCUGUCCCUGCCUUAUAACAUACAAAUGUCAAGUGAUCCAUUAAAUGACAGCA